AUGCGCCUUUUCGAAACCGUCGCAGCCACAGCGGCCCUGCUCUUGACGAGCACGCAUGCCCAAGUACCGGAGCUUCCGCUCCCUGCAUCGUGCCCAGACGCGGGCAGCUUCCGGUUCCAGUACACGGCAUCGUCGGGAUGGUCGGCCAUGAAGCUGGUGGGCGGGCUGAAGCAGGUCCGCACCAUAGUCUGGGACCCGGCGGGCAACAUGCUGGUGGCGCAGGCCACACGCGGCAUCUCGGUGCACACGUUCGGGGCCGACGGCUGUGUCAACAGCACCAACAUGCUGAUCACAGCUAACCAGCUCAACCAUGGCCUGGCCUUGACCCCGGACGGCUCGGCCAUGUACGCCAGCGGCGAGACGGCCGUGUACGGCUGGACCUACGACUCGGCCGCGCGGACGCUGUCCAACCAGCAGACCGUCAUCAAGGGAAUCUCCACGGGCAUCCACUCAACACGCACCCUCAGCGUGGUGCCGUCGCAGCCGAAUCUGCUGCUCGUACAGGUCGGCAGCAACGCCAACCUUGACCAGGCUGCUGCCCAGAAGGAGACUGGCCGCGCCAUCAUCAAGAUCUUUGACAUGGACAAAGUGCCGUCGGGCGGGUAUAACUACAAUACCGAUGGUGAGGUCUUUGGCUACGGUCUGCGCAACACCAUCGGCUUUGUGCCGGACCCGAGUGGCGUGUACUGGGGCGUUGAGAACAGUGGUGAUGACUUUAAACGGACCGAGAACGGUCAGCAAAAGGACAUUCACGUCGACAAUCCUGCCGAGGAGCUCAACAAAUUGGGUGACCCCCUGACGGUCCGCGAUGCCUGGUACGGUUACCCGACCUGCUUCGCGGUUUGGGACCCGUCGAGCUUCAACGGGCUCAAGACGGGCAGCAGCUUUGUGCUCUCGCCCAGCAGUUCAUACGACGACGCUGCGUGCGGCACUAACAAGGCCAUCCCGCCGCGCCUAUCGUUUCAGGCACACUCCGCCCCCAUUUGGAACACGUUCAACGCCGACGCCAGCAACAUGUACGUGGCCUUCCACGGCAGCUGGGACCGCCAGCCCGCAACCGGCUUCAAGGUGGUCGAGAUCCCCUUCCAGAAGCUCGAGGACGGUAGCUAUGACCCGGUCGCGGCCGCCGAUAGCCAGACCGGUUACACCGACAUCUUCACCACGCCAAACCCGGGCAGCUGCACCGCCAACGGCUUGACCCAGAGCAACUGCCACCGGUUGACGGCUGCGGCGUGGGACCCGGCGGGGCGCGGCCUGUUUGUGGGCAGUGACAACAGUGCCGAGGGCGAGAUUUUUAUUCUCACCAAGAAGUAA